AUGUUCAAACAAUUAAUCAAACCCACAAUAAGAUUCGGCAUACAACCAAUACGACAGAUUGGAUCAAUUACAAAAUUCGAUACAAGAAAAUUUGUUAAAUCAUUACAAGAAAAAGGAGGAUUUGAUGCUCAAAAAGCAGAAGCAGCAGUAACAGUAGUGAAUGGAGCAAUUAACGAUGGAAUAUACUCAAUUACAAACAAUUUAGUCACAAAAGAAGCAUUGUCAUCAAUAGCAUAUCAACAAAAAGUAGAAUUUGCAAAAUUAAAAGGAGAAUUACAAACAUUAGAUAAAUCAGAGUUUACAACACUUAAAAAGGAACAAGAAAAACUAAGAACAGAUUUAACAAAUUUAAAGAAUAGGUUGAAAGAAGAAAUCACUAAAAAUCAAGCAUCAGUGAGAUUAGAUUUAAAUUUGGAGAAGGGGAGAAUAAGAGAAGAGAAUUCAGCAAAUGAAGUUAAAAUUGAAGAUACUUUUAGUAGAGUUGAUGAAGAAAUUGCUAAUAUGCAAAUGCAAAUUAAAUUGGUCAAGACUCAAGUUUUACAAUGGUUGAUUGGUAUUUCUACUGGUAGUAUUGCUUUGAUUUUGACCCUUGGAAGAUUUUAUUUUUAA